AUGAUUGAAUCUUUGGCGGCGAUCAGCCUUGCUGGAAAUGUUGUUCAAUUCGUCGACUUUGCAAUAAGGCUGUCACAAGAAGCAAAGAGGAUCCGUCGCACGAAGCCUCGUGGAGAAGACCAGUGCCAGACCAACGAUCUCAAGCAAAUCGGACUCCAGCUCGACAUUCAUGCUAGUGCCUUUGAGUUUCCUGAAUCGGUCAGAAACGUUUUGAACGGCCAGAUCUCAAAAGAGCAAGUGAAAAGUUCGAGUUGGUUCAGAAGAGCCCGGCCAGAUCAAUCUCGACAAUCACAACGUCAGGAUGUGUACAAUCAGGGUGAGAUGCGGGACAUGGAGAUUUCAGAGAGAUUGGACGCGGACAAAGUUGCGCAGCUAUCGCCUUGCGAUCAAGAUAUCGUAAGGAUGUGCUUGGACUGUCACGACAUCGCCGUGGAUCUUCGGAACGCUGUCGCAAGGCUACGGACAGCCAAUGCAACAGCAUGGGAGAGUUUCCAUGCUGCGCUCAAGACUAUUCGAAGCGAGAAAGAUCUGGAAAACUUGCGUCAAAGACUAAGAGAUCAUCGACAGAAAAUAACCAUUCUAUUGAUCGGGUCUCUGAGGGGUGAAGUGCAAAGAUCACGACGCGUUGCAACCGACCAGAACGAAGACCUCCUCCAAGCCACUGAACGUAUACGAGGACGACUCGAGCUACUCUUCGAAGCUAAAGACGACUGGAAAUCGGAAGUUUUACAGGAGAUUAGAUCCAGCUUCCAAAGCAUCACCGGCGCAGACAAUCCGCUCAUACAACACAAUCAGCGGUACCAUAAUCGUCUUACAUUCACAAGUCAGAAUCAGUUUCGUGACUCCAUACUGAAAUGGAUUGGCUUUUCGGAACUCAAUCAUCGAUACAAAAAAAUCGAAAGCGCCUACAAGGAGACUUUUGAGUGGAUCUUCCGACAGCCCCCAGAUGGGAAAUGGUCAAACUUCCAACUCUGGCUCGAAUCUGAGAAUCAAUCCUUCUAUUGGAUUACGGGAAAACCUGCUGCUGGGAAGUCAACGUUGCUGAAAUUCAUCUAUCAAGACCCUCGCACAAAAGAGAACCUUGCGAAAUGGUCUGGCCAAAGGAGAUUGGUUCGAACUGCAUUCUACUUCUGGAAUUCUGGAACCGUGAUGGAGAUGUCGGAGGAGGCAAUGAUACGAACUCUUCUCCAUGGCGCCCUUUCUGAUGAUCCGGAAUUGUGGGCAUUUCUGUUUCCUUCCAAGAUGGAGGAGUUCCUCUUGUUCACAGAUCCCUGGAGACAGCCUCUCACCUAUGAGGAAGUGGAAAAUGCAUUCAAACUGCUUGUCGAUGGUGCAGGAGACAAGUACAGAUUAUUUCUGUUCAUAGAUGGACUUGAUGAGUUUGGUGGCGAUCACCAAACUCUCGUUACGAGGAUUAAGAGUCUAAAGUCCCCUGACGUCAAGGUGUGUUUCUCAAGUCGUGCGUGGACAGUUUUUGAGGAUGGCUUCCCACAUCUACCACGCCUACGACUAGAAGAUCUCACUUACAACGACAUUCGUCAUUACGUCACGAACCGAUUCCAUGGUAAUGAUGGGUUUAAAGAUCGCCGCUUGGAGACACCCAGACAGGCAGACGAUCUAAUCGAAGCUGUCACUGUCAAAGCCUGUGGCGUGUUUCUCUGGGUCGUGCUCGUCACUGACUCACUGCUCAAAGGUUUCACGGCAGGAGAACGGCUGGAAGAACUAAAUGAAAGACUAAAUACUGUCCCAAGGGGCCUGGAAGAGCUCUUUGAAAAGAUUCUAACUUAUGUGGAUCUCGAAAAACGGAAGGAAAUGGCGCAGAUUUUGCAGAUUAUGCGCUACUCACCUGAAAAUCUUACUCUUCUCGAUCUAUCAUACGCCGAGGACCUUGAUCCGGAUAUUGUAUCCAAGGUGAUGAUUGAAGGUCCUAAUCCGUCCCCCAUACCAGUCGAAGCGCGUUCAAGAACUAUGCAUCGUCGGCUAAGGGCCUGCUGCCAGGGCCUUAUCGAAGCAGAUGCAGCUCCGAACGAGCCUCUGGCUUCAGCGAGCGUGACAUACCUUCAUCGCACAGUCAGAGAUUGGUUUGAAACCGAAUCAAUCCUUUCGCAAUAUCGGGACAUGACCGACAGCACGUUUUGCCCAUGGACGAGUUUGUUCAACACAUAUGCCAUCCGGUUGAAACAACAGGCGACAACAAUGUGGUGCCGUCCAGCUCACGAAGGGGAUGAAUAUUUCUGGAAAAACAUUCUCUAUGCCAUUGACUAUGCUGUCCACACUGGUAGUAGUCAAGACCGUAAACUGUCAGUCAAGCUAUUGAUGGAUCUUGACACCAUCGCAACACAGCUCGCCCAGGUCAAAGGUCACAACAACGAAUUUCUAAUUGAGCAAUCUUUCGGAAAAUCUUCACUUGAGCACUGGUCCGCAUCACGAAAAACCGGCCGCUUCAACACCUCAUUCUUGCAUCUAGCCAUCCAGCUGCAAUUGACCGAUGUCGUGAACCACAUUCAAUCACAGCAAGAGGUCUCCCCACCCCCCAAGCCCAACAUCCCAAGUCGUGCAACCCUAAACCUCCUCCUCGCCACCCUCAGCAACGACCUGUUUGCAAAAAACCAGCCCAACCCGCUUCUAACCAUCUACCCAUGUCUCCACAGCGCAACACUAGUCGCCAGAUUUCUCGAACAGGGCGCAGAUCCCAAUCACAAGAUCGACAACGCACUCCGCGAUUAUGGAAAUAUCACGGGAGAGUAUUCACCCUGGGAAGCCCACCUGCGCAGCCAAGAUCGUGAAAGCAAAGUGUGGAUGGAGAUGAGCACUUUGUUCCUACAACACGGUGCGGAUCCCGUUGUAAUUGUUGCGACGCGGACCUUGUAUCCGGAUGAGAUUGUUGCUUUGGCGCAGGAGAAGAUGGGUAAGAUGCAGAAACGGUCGAAGCGGCAAUGGGUUACGAAGCUGAUGCCGAUGCCUAAAGUUAGGAGAUUACGAAUGACGAGGAUGGCGGUGUUGUCGUCGUCGUGA